GCAGCCACAUUAUGACGCGUUGCAGGAACACAAAAUAUUUGCCUGCAGACGUUGAGAAGAAAGAAGACGUCCGACAACGACAACGACGACGACAGACGACGACGAACAAGCGGCAACGGCAACGGCAAGUCGUCGAACUGGUCACGGCCACAGACGACGUGAAUACGAGCGCUUAUGCGCGCACUUACAGCAUGACAAAUCAGCCAAAUUGUAGCGAUAUCUUCAUUUCUGUGAGUGCCACAAAUGCCGGCACAGACACCAUCGGCACAAGCACAACCACCAUAGCCGACAGAAAUAAGCAUACACGAAACACGCAUUUGCUCAGAGGAGUAGCGGAAGCCAAAACAGCAACUACAGCAGCAGCAAUACGUUUAUCAAAGUGCGCCACCGCCGCCGCCGCUGCCAUCACCGUUGCCGCCGCAAAAGUGUUUACAUUAGCGCCGAUCCCCCACCGCAGCGUCGCCACCACUCCUGUACGCGCCGCUCAAGUCAACGCGGCGAAAGUAAGCAAAGUGCAACUAGAAGACUGUAAAAGAGCGCCACAAAAUGCCGCUAAUGCGCGACAGCUUACAAAGUACGCAGCAGCGUCACCUCAACGCCGCCAAAAUAAUUUAGUCUUAAGCAGUGCCGUUUGGCCACUCAUCACCACUUGUUGCUUCGCAUUUGCGUUGUACGCAUUGCCAUUGCCAUGUCACAGCCAGCCACAGCAGUCGCAGUCAUUGAGCGCCGCAUAUGGUAGUAUGUUCGGUCCGAGUGUGGUCGGCGGACCCAUUGCUCAUUACAGCGUGCUCGCCUUUCCCCGGCGCCGCUCGUCGGCGGGCGGUGAUGGCGCAAGCGGCCUAAUGCAGUCGCGCGCUGUCGAUACGAGCGCACAAUUUGAGGUGUUAGAAGGACAGCCGCGCGGUACAGUAGUUGGCUUUAUACCCACCAAACCCGAUUUUACAUAUCGCUUUAAUGAGCCACCUCGUGAAUUUGCGCUCGAUCAGGUUACGGGUGAGAUUAAAACGAAUGUGGUGCUGGAUCGUGAAGGUAUACGCGAUCGCUACGAUUUAGUGGUGCUCUCCUCACAGCCCACCUAUCCGAUUGAGGUGCGCAUCAUUGUGCUGGAUGUGAACGAUAAUGCUCCAGAGUUUCCCGAACCGAGCAUAGCAGUAUCGUUUUCUGAGAGUGCGGCUACCGGCACGCGUCUGCUACUGGAUGCGGCCACUGAUAGCGAUAUUGGCGAGAAUAGUGUGACGGACGACUAUCACAUUGUGGAUGGUAAUAUGGAGGAUAAAUUCCGCUUGGCUGUGACAACGAAUCCAAGCGGUGACGUCAGCUACCUUCACUUGGAGACUACGGGUAACUUGGAUCGGGAAACGCGCGGUUUCUACCAGCUCAACAUAUCAGCGCGUGAUGGUGGUGAGCCACCGCAAUACGGUUACCUGUUGGUAAAUGUUACCAUUGUCGAUGUGAACGAUAAUCCACCGAUCUUCGAUCACUCCGACUAUAUCGUCUCGCUGAAUGAAUCCGUGCCGCCGGGCUCGCCUGUGCUUCAGGUUAUGGCUUCGGACAAUGAUCUGGGUGACAAUGCCAAAAUCACCUACUACCUAGCUGACACUGAGCAACAGUUUUCUGUUGAUCCCGAGAGCGGUAUCAUAUCCACCACCGAACUACUUAGCUGUCCACAACAGAAUUGCCAGAACUUCGUACGCCCCGGCGCCGGUUGUCCGAAGAGCUGUGUCUUUACGGUAUUCGCGCGCGAUCACGGCUCUCCGCGACAAGACGGACGCACCUAUGUUACGGUGAACCUCCUGGACACCAAUGACCAUGACCCUGUAAUACGCUUUCAAUAUUUUCCGCCAACUGGCACAUACGCGACUGUGGAUGAGAAUGCGGUGAAUGGCAGUGUAGUUGCUGCCGUCUCUGUAGUGGACAUGGAUGAGGGCCUCAAUGGCGAUACGAGCUUACGUAUCAUAACGGGCAAUGAGUUGGGUCAUUUUCGCCUGGAGAAGACACCGUCCUUCGAUAUUGUGCGCGUUAAUGGUGUGUUGGAUCGCGAGGAAAUUGGCAAGUACAAUUUGACAGUUGUCGCCAUCGAUAAAGGUACACCAUCGCGUACGGCGACCGCGCACCUAAUUAUCCAUGUCAACGAUGUGAACGAUCAUGAACCAGUGUUCGAGAAGAGCGAGUAUUCAGCGGUGCUGAGUGAAUUGGCACCGGCAGGCACGUACGUUGCCUCCAUUACCGCCACCGACGAGGACACCGGCGUAAAUGCAUUGAUUUCAUACGAUUUCGUUUCGGGUAAUAAUAAACAAUGGUUUGUUAUUGAUACAGCGUCCGGUUUGAUAACAACGCAGGCAACAUUGGAUCGCGAAGUGCAAGACAGCGUGGAAUUGAGCAUAUCCGCACGUGAUGGCGGCCCAAAUCCGAAGUGGGCGUACACACAACUCAAGGUGACCAUACUGGAUGAAAACGAUGAGGCACCACAAUUCUCGCAACACCAAAUCAACGUUACACUCAGCGAGAAUACGCCGCCACAGACAUUGGUCGCCAUGCUAACGGCAGCCGAUCACGAUCAAGGCACUAACGGCUCGGUGACAUACACACUGGCGGGCAGUGUGGAGCGCAAGUAUCCGAAACAAUUUGCGCUCGACUCGCUCACUGGCCAAUUAACGACGCGCAGUGCACUUGAUCGUGAGACAAUUGCGCAUUAUGAGAUUUUUGUGAUCGCACGCGAUCAGGGUGCACCACCACAAUCGGCCACAGCUACUGUUUAUCUGAACGUUGAGGAUGUCAACGACAACAGCCCAACGUUCUAUCCGAGUCAUUAUUUUUAUGCGUUGCCUGACGAUGCGGGCGACAACAACGACAACAACGACAACAGCGACAACAACCAACCACUAUUGAAAGUCACUGCCAGUGAUCGUGAUGCGGGCGAUAAUGCCUUAAUUACCUACCAACUGGAGUCAGGUGGCGAUGGGCAUUUCGUCGUCGAUACAUGGAGUGGCGCGAUAACAUUGCGCAUCGCUGCCGCCACCGCCGCCAGCAGCGAUAUACGCCACUCACCGAAGGCAUUGUAUAAGUUGAAGAUUUCGGCAAAGGAUCGCGGCGAACGUCUAAGCGAACAAGAUGCAUUGGUUGAGAUUGUAUUGCAAUCCAAAAUGGAGUUGCUCGAGUUCGAGUCAUACGGCAGUUAUGAGUUUCAAAUUGUGGAAGAUCAUGAGCAACAACCGCCAGUGGUGGGUCGCGAGGUGGGUCGGGUGCAGGUGAAGUCACAUGCUGGCAAAUUGACACUGCCACCCAACAUCGAGUACGCGAUUGUGUAUGGCGAUGCGGAUGAGAACUUUGAGGUGGAUCGUCGCACUGGUCGCAUUCGCACGGCGCGCCGCAUUGAUCGUGAAGCGGUGGCGCAGUAUCAGCUCACUGUGAUGGCGCGCACUGGCCUGGCCUAUGGCAAAUGCAUUGUGAACAUUGCGAUCGCUGAUUUGAACGAUAAUGCGCCGAUCUUUGCACAAGAUCGUGACGGUGAGAUACAGUUGGCCGAGAACGCGGCUGUCGGUCAAGAGGUUUACUUGUCACGCGCACGUGAUCGCGAUUCAGGCAUGAAUAGCCGUGUCACCUACACGCUCACCUACAAUCCCGACGAACAGUUUCGCAUCAACGAAGCGACUGGCGUACUGCAAUUGCAGCGUCCGCUGCGCGCAGCACCCGGUACAUUGCUGCAUGUGGAGUUGAUGGCCGCAGAUGGUGGUACGCCGCCCUUGUCAACGCGACACACCAUCGACGUGCUCAUCGCCGAUGUCAACGAUCAUACACCUGUGUUUGAUCACACAUCGUACGAGACAUCGUUGCGCGAAUCGACCAAGGUGAAUGCGCGCUUCUUUGCGCUAGCCGCCAGCGAUGCGGAUCUCGGCGCAAAUGGGCGGAUAUCAUACGACAUAAUCGAGGGCAAUACAGAGCGGAAGUUCGGCGUCUUUCCUGAUGGUUAUUUGUUUGUGCGCGCACAGUUGGAUCGGGAGGAACGCGACUAUUACGCGCUGACGGUGGCAUGCCACGACAGCGGUAUGCCAGCGCGUUCGUCUGUGGUACCGGUAAUCAUACAUGUCAUCGACGAGAACGAUAAUGCGCCGCAAUUCACAAAUAAUACCUUCACCUUUAGCAUCGCAGAGAAUGAGCCAGCCGAUUCGUUUGUCGGCAAGCUGACGGCAACGGAUCGUGAUAUGGGACGCAACGCAGAAUUGAUUUAUACGCUGGCAUCGCAGGAGCAGGACUUCAGCAUCGACAUGCGUAAUGGUUUCAUCAAAACGCUACAUCCAUUCGAUCGCGAGGAGCUUGUGCAACGACGCAGCAGCACCAGCGUGGGUGGACAAGCGAAUGGGCAGUCGGCUGGCGGUGUAGUGGGUGUAGGCGAUGGUAUUAACAAUGGCAAUAACUACAUACAGAUGGAGGCCGUCGUCUCAGACAAUGGAGUGCAGCGCUUGCACGACAAGGUCAAGGUGAAGAUAAUCAUUACAGAUGUCAAUGACAAUGCGCCGCAGUUUGUGCGCGCUCCCUACCGCGUGCAGAUUUCCGAAGGCGCUGGCAUUGGCACGCAAGUGAUGCGCGUCUAUUCGGUGGAUGCGGAUGAGGGACUCAAUGGUGAUGUCUACUAUUCACUUGUUGCCGGCAAUGAGGAGGAACGCUUUGCCAUGGAUGAUGCAACAGGACAGCUGUCAUUGGCGCGUUUGCUUGAUCGCGAGCAGCAGUCUUCAUAUAAGUUGGCAGUGGUGGCGCGUGAUGCAGCAUUGAACGGGCAGUUGAGCGCAAGUACCACCAUUACAGUGGAGGUGUUGGAUGAGAACGAUGUGGCGCCCGCAUUCGCGCAGACAGCGAGCGAAGUGUCUGUAUUGGAGACGAGCGGCAUCGGCACGGAGCUGAUGCGUUUCCGUGCAACGGACUCAGAUCUGGGCGUCAAUAGCCAGGUUACCUAUAGCAUAACGGCUGGCAACCGUAAGGAUACCUUCCACAUCGAUGCCAUAUCGGGAAGCUUGUACUUGCACAAGCCGCUUGACUAUGAGGAUACUACGGUAUACAAUCUGAAUAUAACAGCUGCUGAUGGCGGUACGCCGCGUCUAGCGAACACCAUCGUCUUCACCGUAAACGUUGUGGAUGAGAAUGACAAUCCACCCAGUUUCCCAAAUACAGCCAUUGUACGGCAAAUUAAGGAAGGUAUUGCCAUUAAAACACCUAUUGUCACCAUAACCGCCGAAGAUCCGGACUCCGGCUUGAAUGGCAAAAUCACCUACGCGAUUACGAAGCAAGACCCCGAGCAGCCGGGUGGCCGACACUUUGGCAUCAACAACAUAACCGGCGUCAUACAUACGCUGCGUGAAAUCGAUCGCGAAACCAUCGACACUUUCCGUCUCACGGUCGUUGCCACCGAUCAGGCAGAAAAACCUGAACCACAACUAUCCGCUGAGAAACUUGUGACCGUCAUCGUUGAGGACAUUAACGACAAUGCACCCACAUUUGUGUCCAUGAAUGCGGCCAUAUUGCCAAUGCAGAUGGCGGCCGCCCAAAGUCAUCACUACCGUGACGGUGUGCCAGUGAUGCAUGUGCUGGCGCGUGAUGCCGAUUCGUCCAGCAAUGGACUGGUCACCUACGAAAUGGUAAGCGGCAAUGUGGAACUCUUCAAAUUGCAUCGCAAUACGGGUGCGAUAACAUUGCGCAAAGUGAUCGACCAGCCGGAGGUGCGUUAUCAGUUGGCUCUGAAGGCAACCGAUGAAGCGGUGCAGAGCGAACGUAAAAGCACCGAUGCCUACAUAACGAUUAUAACAGCGGGCACGGCGUCGGGGCCCGCAUUCGAUCAGCGCGAACAAAGCGGAUCAGUGUACGAAAAUGAGCCGACCGGUACGAGUAUUUUGACUGUGAGUGCACGCUUGAAUGGCGCCGAAAUCGAGUACUAUGUGACGAAUGUGACUGCAAUCGGUGUGAGUGCGAGUGCGAUCGGUGUGAGUGCGGGUGCGGGUGUGCAGCAAGUCGACCGCCUCUUUGACAUUGACACAAAACUUGGCAUAUUGUCGACAGCAAAGGAGUUGGAUCGUGAUGCCGGACCGGACACCUACGAAGUGGAAGUGUAUGCGAUUGCAUUGGGCGGAGCGCCACGAACAGCGAGUACUAAGGUCACCGUCAAAGUGCUGGACAAAAACGAUAGUCCGCCUGUGUUUCGUGACACUCCGCUCGUUUUUAAUGUCAGCGAAGAUUCAAGCGCCGGCCAUCAUGUUGCUACAAUACGCGCCACUGAUCCCGACACUCUGGGCUCGCUCGCCUUCAGCUUGAUUGGCGGUGGCGAUGAGAAGUUUCUGCUGGAACCUGAGACGGGUCGGUUGCGCUUGAAAGAUGCACUCGAUCGUGAGUUGAAGGAUAAAUAUGUGUUGGAGUUGCGUGUAGCUGAUGGAGUGCAAAGUACCGAUACGACAGCGGAAAUUUUGGUCACCGACACCAAUGACAAUCCACCGAUUUUCGAUGAACCCGUUUACUCCUUUGACAUACCCGAAAACGCCCCACGUGGCUAUCAAGUUGGUAUUAUUGCCGCCACCGAUCCGGAUUUGGGCGAUAAUGCGCUCGUUUCGUACACCGUCAUUUCGGAUUGGGCCAAUGAUGUAUUCAGUUUGAAUCCGCAAACGGGCGUUUUCACUCUGACAGCACGUUUGGAUUAUGAAGAGGUACAACAUUACAUACUUGUGGUGCAAGCGCAGGAUAAUGGCCAACCCAGUCUCUCCACCACAUUAACGGUUUACUGCAAUGUAUUGGAUUUAAAUGAUAAUGCACCCAUAUUCGAUCCGAUGAGUUAUUCGAAUGAGAUAUACGAGAACGUAUCGAUUGGUACACCGAUUGUAACGGUCACAGCAACCGACAUCGACUCAGGCGAUAACGGGCGCAUCGAGUAUGCGAUUACGUCGGGCGAUGAUAAUAACGACUUUGAAAUUGCUGCCAACGGUACGAUACGUACACGCCGUGAACUUGAUCGAGAAACGAAAAGUUCAUAUAAUUUAAUUGUAACCGCAAGAGAUUGUGCCAAAGAAUUUCCAACAACAACAACAACAACAACAACCGCUGCACAAGUAACACACAACGAAGGCGCCGAUCAGCAGCAGCAGCAGCAGCAUCUUCAACAUCACCACCACCACCAGCAGCUGCAGCGACGUCAACGCCAAUACCGACAGCAACAAUAUGUGGAGCAACAACCGCAACAACGUCUAUCAUCAACAGUGCAGGUCACUAUCACCUUGAAGGAUGUCAACGAUGAAGCGCCCACCUUCAGCUCACCAAAUGAGACAUCUAUUUUGGAAAAUAUCUCACCCAAUACUGUAGUUAUGGUCGUCAAGGCCAUAGAUCGCGAUGAAGGCCGCAAUGGCUACAUCGAAUAUCUGCUCGAAGGCGGCGCUACUGGCACCCAUUCCGACUACGGCGACGAAGACAGUCUUCCCUUCACGCUAGGCUCAGUGGAUGGCUUGCUGCGCGUCGCCAGCCGCUUGGAUCGUGAACUGCGCGCUAAUUACAUGCUAAAUAUCACCGCGCGUGAUCGCGGUGAUCCACCGCAAUCCACACAAACUCAAAUCACCGUACGCAUAUUGGACGAGAACGACAAUAGCCCCAUAUUCGACCCAAAACAGUACUCCGCCUCGGUGCCGGAAAAUGCCAGCAUUGGCGCAAUGGUACUACAAGUCGCUGCAACCGAUAUAGAUGAGGGCGCCAAUGGACGUGUACGCUUCUCGAUUGCCGCCGGCGAUGAUAAUCGCGACUUUAGCAUUAGCGAAGAUUUGGGCAUGGUGCGCGUGGCGAAGAAUUUGAAUUAUGAGCGCAAAUCGCGUUAUGUGCUGACAGUGCGCGCUGAAGAUUGUGCCGCUGAUGCAAAGGUCGCAGCAACACACCUGCUGGUGGGCAAAGUGGGCGCAGCCAGCGGCACGGCUGUUGCUGGUGGUGGCAGCGGUGGCAUCGGUGGUGGCGGCAGUGCUGGCAUUAGUAUUGGUGGUGGCGGCGGCGGCGGCGGUGGCGGAGGCGCCAAUGCGGGCGCUUCUAAACAUGCUGUGGAGCUGCGUGAGACGCGCUACGAUACCGCCGAACUAACAAUCAUCAUCAUGGACAUCAAUGACAAUCCGCCAACGUUCCUGCACUCCCCCUAUCUAGCCUAUGUGAUGGAGAAUGUAAUACCGCCUAAUGGCGGCUAUGUGCUGACAGUGGAGGCCUACGAUGCUGAUACGCCGCCAUUUAACUCGCAAGUGCGCUACUUUCUGAAGGAAGGCGAUACAGAUCUAUUUCGCAUAAAUGCAUCGACAGGCGAAAUAUCGCUGCUGCGGGCGCUCGAUCGUGAGGCAAAGGCUGAAUACACGCUGACGCUGGUCGCCAUGGACACAGGUUCUCCACCGCUUACCGGCACCGGCAUCGUACGCCUCAUUGUGCAAGACAUGAACGAUCAUAGUCCGGAAUUCGCGCGUCCCUUCUAUCUGGCUAGCGUACAGGAGAAUCUUUCCGCCGGCACCAAAGUACUACAACCCGUUGCCACGGACAAGGACAGCGGCGCUAAUGCAAAGUUGCGCUUCACGCUGCUUGGCGAGAAAAUCGACAAAUUCCAUAUCAAUGCGCAGACGGGCGAAAUUACAACUGCUGCCGUGCUCGAUCGCGAGGAAACCGCCAUCUACUAUCUGACGCUGAUGGCGCAAGACAGCUCGGCGACGGAGCCACGCGCCAGCGCAGUCAAUCUCACCAUCACCGUGCUCGAUGUGAACGACAAUACGCCCAACUUCAAUGCGGCCAGCUUCAAUGUCAAUGUGCCCGACGCCAUAAGCGCUGACGAAUUUGUAUUUGGCGCACGCGCAACGGAUCUGGAUGAUGGCGCAAAUGCGCUUAUCACUUACAAUAUCAGCGGCAAGGAUAUCGAUAAGUUCUCGAUUGACUCGCAGAGUGGUGUGAUCAAGGCUAAGGCGCCAUUGAGUGCGCGCGAGAAUACAAGUUUCGAUACAAUCUACAGCAUUGUAGUGUAUGCUAUAGAUCAGGGCACUGAGCCGCGUUCCUCCAGCGCCGAUCUUACUGUACUGUUGCGGCCAACCGCGCUCUUUCCGAAUUUCGCUAACACGCCGAAUAGGCAAUUUAUGCUGUCCGAAGAUGUGCCCGAGGGCAAAGUUAUUACAACUAUCAUGGCAAGCUCACCGAAGAAAGGCGCUGCGGGCAAUAUCAAGUAUGCCAUUGCAGGUGGCAACAUCGGCUAUGCCGUACAUAUUGACGCCAGCACCGGAGUGGUGAAAGUUGGCAAAGAUGGGUUGGACUACGAAAUGGCGCACACUUAUGAAGUGUGGAUCGAAGCAUCGGACUCUGAUCAGCCACGCCUACGGAGCGUUGCGUUGCUCACCAUCAAUGUGACCGAUGCAAAUGACAAUGCGCCCGUCCUAGAUAAGCUGACUUACUACGCUGAAAUACUUGAAGAAGAGCCACCACCGCAAUUCAUUGUAAAAGUCCAUGGCACCGAUCGUGAUGCGGGCGAUAAUGGCGAAUUGUCCUAUCGGCUAGCUGACGACUUUGAGGGUACAUUCGAAAUUGACUCCGACUCUGGUGAGAUAUACACCACAAUGCGCUUGGAUCGCGAGGAAAUUAGCGCGUACGAGCUGCUCGUCGAGGCAGUCGAUCAAGGCGUGCCACAAUUGACGGGCGCUGCGAGCGUACAAAUUAACUUGUUGGACAAAAACGACAAUCCACCGAAGUUUACGCGCCUCUUUUCUGUAAACGUUACGGAAAAUGCAAAUAUUGGCAGCUUUGUAAUACAAGUGACCUCCUCAGAUUUGGACAUUGGCGCAAAUGCAAAUGCCACCUACAGCUUUACUGAAAAUCCAGGCAAAAAGUUCAAAAUCGAUACCAUAAGCGGUAAUGUCACAGUCGCUGGCUACCUCGAUCGCGAGCAACAAGACGAAUAUCUGUUGAAGAUUGUCGCAUCGGAUGGCGCGUGGCGCUCCGAGACGCCCAUCACCAUAACCGUGCAGGAUCAGAAUGAUAAUGCGCCUGAGUUUGAACAUAGCUACUACAGUUUCAACUUUCCCGAUCAGCGUGCUGUCGCCUUUGUAGGGCAAGUUAUUGCCACCGAUCGUGACAAGCAAGGCCCCAAUUCGUUAUUUCAUAUCGCUGCAGCAUCCCUCCGACUUGUUACCAUCGAUCCGGCCACCGGUGAGAUCUUCAGCAAGCGCAAGAUGAAAUACAAGCAUUCGCACUAAUCCUCACCAGAAAAUAUGUAUUCGAUGAUCGUGGCCACAGAUAAUGGCAAGCCGCCUUUAAACUCGGAAUGCUUGGUGAAUAUCAACAUCGUCGAUGCUAAUAAUAAUCCACCGAAAUUCGAAAAGGCUACCUACAUUGCGCCAGUGCCGGAGAAAGCUACGAGCGAGCGUGUACUCAAGGUGCAUGCUGUGGACGCGCUCGACUAUGGUGUAAAUGCGGAGAUCGACUAUACACUGCUGCAAGGCAAUGGCACCGUUACUUCACAUCACAAGCACGAUGGUUGGAUAGCGGUAUCAAAGCCACUGGGUGAAAGCGGAUACGGUAUUUUUAGUGACGUACGCGCUACCGAUCGCGGCGUGCCACCACUUGCGGACGAAACACGUGCUACCAUCGUGGUGACGGGCGAAAAUAUGUACACACCUGAGUUUACAGCACUCAGUUAUCAAGUUAUAGUACCCGAGAGACCAGUUGGCACAACUCUAAUUAGCGUUACCGCUUCGGACAAAGAUGGGGGUCCAAACGGCAUGCUGAGAUUACUUCUCGGGGGCAAUGAGCGCAAAGAGUUUAUGGUGCAUAAUACAGGCGCUGUCACUAUUCUGCAGCCCCUGGACUACGAUUUGAUACAAGUCUAUCACCUCAAUAUAACCGUUGAAGACUUGGCUUACAAACAAGAAGGCUUUUGUAUGUUGACCGUAAUAUUGACAGACAUCAAUGACAACCCACUAUUCAAUCAAUCCGAAUACCAUGCUCUCAUACCAGAAAAUCGUCCGCCGAAUACGUUUGUCUUUAAAGCGCAUGCGACCGACAAAGACUCGCCGAAGAACGCCAUCAUACGCUAUUCCAUCACUAGCGGCACAGGCAAAAACCUCUUCAAGAUCAAUUCGAGCACUGGCGAGAUCAUAUCCAGCGUAACAUUCGAUUACGAAGAACGCCGUGAUUACAAUUUGCAAAUAAUGGCCGCCAAUCCAGAUUCGCAAAUGCAGAGCACCGCUAUGGUCAUCGUACACAUUACAGGCAUCAACGAAUACUAUCCACAGUUUGUGAAGCCCGUCUUCCACUUUGAUGUAUCCGAGUCGGCGGAGGUCGGCACUUCUGGGCUCUUACAGGCCACCGAUAAGGAUGCAGGCGAAGAUGGCAAAGUCUACUACCUGCUGGUGGGCUCCAGCAAUGAUAGAGGUUUCUCCAUCAAUACCCUGACUGGCAUUAUGUAUGUGUCGCGGCAUCUCGACCGCGAAACCCAAAGUCGCGUUGUGCUCACCGUAAUGGCAAAGAAUUAUGGCGGUAUACGCGGUAAUGACACCGAUGAGGCACAGGUAAUCAUCUCCAUACAGGAUGGCAAUGAUCCGCCUGAGUUCCUUAAAACGCUAUACACGACACGCAUUUCGGAGGCAGCUCCAGUGGGCACGAAAGUUACCAGCGUCAAGGCAGUGGACAAAGAUGUGCGUCCGCAGAAUAAUCAGUUCAGCUACUCGAUUAUCAAUGGCAACUUAAACCAAACAUUUAAGGUUGAUCCGCAAAGUGGUCGAUAUUGAGACGGCGCGCGCUUGGACCGUGACGAUGCCUGGUAUUCAUUUGAUUGUGGGGCGAUCGAUACAGGCGUGCCCCCACAAACUGGCACCACAACAGUUAAAAUUGAAUUGGAGGACGUGAACGAUAACGGUCCGACCUUCGCGCCAAACGGAUUGGUUGGUUACAUAUCGGAAAAUGAGCCGGCGGAUACCUCCAUAAUGAACGCUGACUGCUACAGAUCCUGAUUUGCCCCAAAUGGUGGACCAUUCACGUACUACCUCGUGGGCGGAAAACACAAAUCUUAUCUUACGAUUGACAAGCACUCAGGUUUGGUGAAAUCUACAAAAACUUACGACCGCGAGGUGACUCCCACCUUAGAAGCGGCCAUCGAGGUUGAGGACAACGGUGAACCACGCCAGCGCGCACAGCAUGUACUCACCAUAAAGGUGCUCGCAAACGAUAGUCCAUCCACGCCGCGCAUGGCGCACGUGCUACUCAAUACCUACAACGAUGAAAUACCGAAUCGCAAAAUAGCUGAUGUACAUCCAAAUGAUCCAGACAUCACUGGCGAUUAUAAAUGUAAAAUCACCACAAAUUCGCAGUCAGUCCACCCGGAUACUGGUAUACCAAGCGCUUGCGACUUGCACACCACCUAUCAGACGACCGUCAAUGGCUACUCGUACACCUCUCGGGCAGUGACGGCUAAACAUAGCAGUGUUGUGUCCACCGUAACGGUGAGCUUCCAAAGCUUCGAUGCCGAUGCAGUAGCGCAAUCCGUUGCGGUGGUGCGCGAAAUGACAGCCGAGCACUUCUUAGCCAUGCACUACCGCAACUUUGUGGAACUUCUGAAGUCAGCUUUCGAACCCAGCGACGAACUCAAAUUGUACAGCAUACGCAACGCUGGCGAAAAACACACCAGUAACGUCGAACUCAUAUUGGCGGUACGUGCCGCAAAUCUCUCCUACCGCACGCCACGCUAUAUCGUCGAGCGUUUGAUAAAGAAGCGUGAGUCCAUCGAACGCUUUGUGCAAACAACCGGGAGCGUGUUAAUCGGCUAUAGCCCUUGCACCUCAGCAUCGAGGGCCUGCGAAAAUGGCGGUAUGUGCACUGCUGAAAUUCAUGUGCAUGGGCACACAUACGCUAAUAUAAUCGACAGUCCAUCGUUGAUCUUCAGUGGGCCACGUGUUCGACGACUAAGCUGCAAAUGUCCAGAUGGCUUUACAGGAGUGCAAUGUGACAAACAACAGGAUCCGUGUGCGCCAAAUCCGUGCGAGGCGAAUGCAUGUCGCCGCGUUGGCUAUGACUUUCAGUGUAUAUGUCCACCGAACCGCGAGGGCAAGCAAUGUCAGCAGGAGCGUGGUGAUGUAUGCUCCAGCAAUCCUUGUCGCAAUGGUGGCUCUUGCAGGCACAGCCCCGACGGCGCUUCUUUCUUUUGCCUCUGCAGACCGGGCUAUCGUGGAAAUCAAUGCGAGCAUGUGUCCGAUUCGUGUCGUCCCAACCCAUGUUUGCAUGGUGGGCAGUGUGUCAGCUUGAAGCCGGGCUACAAGUGCAGUUGUGUGGAUGGACGCUAUGGACGGCAGUGCGAGCGUGCUACGUUUGGUUUUCAGGAGCUGUCCUACAUGGUUUUCCCAGCAUUGGAUGCUGCGACUAACGAUAUUUCCAAUUUUGCCACCACUAAACCAGAUGGCUUGCUGCUCUACAACUAUGGCAUACAAACGGGUGGACGAUCUGACUUUGUAGCAAUUGAGGUGGUGAAAGGAAAGGCCUUCUUCUCGUUCGGUGGCGCGCGCACAGCCAUCACAACUGUGAUCGUGGGUGCCAGUAGUAAAGAUACUUUGGCUGAUGGACAGUGGCACAAGGUUACAGCCACGCGUAACGGCGCGUCAUGCAUUGAGCGUGCCAAGUGUUCGGAGAACGGUGAUGUUUGUGAGGAGUGCCGCCCCGGUGAUGUCAGCUGUUAUGCGCAGGAUGUAGGACCCAUAGGUACUUUGAAUUUCAACAAGCAGCCACUGCUUAUUGGUGGCCUGGCUUCCGCAGACCCAGUGUUGGAGCGUCCGGGUCAAAUACACACAGACGAUCUGGUUGGUUGCGUACACAGCGUGUCGGUCAACGGACGUGCGUUGAAUAUGAGCAGUCCCUUGAAGCAGCGUGAUGUAUUACCGACUUGCAACCGCAAAAAUAAUGGUGGCCUGUCAGCAGAGUUUGCCCCACGAUCCGGCGCUGCACUUUGCGGUGACUUUGGCACAUGCAUGGAUCGCUGGCAUAGCAUGUGCCAAUGUGGCGCCAGUCUACUGUCGCCAGAUUGCUACAGCUCCUUGGAGCCCGUUACUGUGAUGAACGGCGCUUUUGUGGAGUUUAAAAUAUCUGAAAAGCAUCGACGCAUGCAAUUACUGGACAGCUUGUACGCCGCCACCAAUUUAUGGUCGUAUGAUAUUGCGCGUCGCAGACGCUUUACCGUUAAUAGUGAUAACUUUACCGCGCUUGCGCAAAUUGUGGACCUACCGAAGAUCGUAAGUCUGCUUUUUCGAACCUACAAAGAAGAUGGCUUGCUGCUCUUUGCGGCCACCAACAAACAAUAUACCGCAAUAGAAUUGCAAAGCGGCAAGUUAGUGUACUACUCCAAGCAAAACACUGCAGUGAAUAUGACAAUUCGGCAGCCGGAAAACUUGAAUGAUGGCAGAUGGCAUAACCUCACACUUUUAACAUCGAACCGUGUGCUACGCUUGUUGAUAGAUGGCAGCAAAGUAGGCGAGGAGCUUGAUUCGGCUGGUGUGCACGACUUCAUCGAUCCAUACUUAACCGUGCUCUCCAUAGCAGGUGUACGGCGCGAACAUUAUCCGCAGCAGGAAAAUAUGCCAAUUAGCUAUGAAGGCUGCAUUGCGAACUUCACUAUCAACAACGAAGUGCAACCCUUCAAUGGUUCGGGCAGCGUCUUCAACGAGGUGUUGACGCGCGGAAAAGUAUUACAUGGCUGCAUAGGUGACUUGGGUAUAGGCGCGGCACAAGCUUCCGACCCCGUUAGCAUAGGCAUCACGUUGGUGAUUGUCUUCUGCGUCAUACUGGUUGUGGCCAUUUCGGGUUCUUAUGUCAUUUAUCGGUUUCGUGGUAAGCAGGAAAAGAUAGGCAGUUUGAGUUGCGGCGUUCCUGGCUUCAAAUUAAAACACAGCGGAGGCGCAGCAGUUUCACAAAACCAGACAGAUCAUGUUUUGUCGCGUGGCAGGGGAGUGCACGCCGGCGAUGGUGCAGUAAGCUAUCACGUUGACAGCGGAGAUUUAAUACGCGGUGUUGGCGGCCAUCAUAUGGUCGGUCCCGAAUUGAUUUCAAAGAAGUUUAAAGAGCGCGAAAUAAACUCCAACGACCAUCAGCAACAGCGACCACAACGGCCAGAUAUAAUCGAGCGUGAGGUGGUUAGCAAAAGUCCACCCCUCCGUGACGAACAUCAUCCACCUAUACCGCCACCCAGCCAGGCGCAUCAUCCACAUGACCACACAAACUCUGUUGACUUGGGUUCGGAAUAUCCAGAGCAUUACGAUCUGGAGAACGCCAGCUCAAUCGCUCCCUCGGACAUAGACAUCGUGUAUCACUACAAGGGUUACCGUGAGGCGGGUGGCGUACGCAAGUACAAAGCCACACCAGCGCCAGUCGCCUCCUACACGCACCACAAGCACCAAGCCACAGCUGCCCAGCAGCAGCAUAGGCAUUCACCACGUCACGGCGUCGGUGUUGGCGGACCAUUUGUGCCACGUGUGCCGCCUCAAGCUAGUCAACCACCGCCACCUUCGAGCACACCACGCCCACACCAGAGUACGCCAUUGGCGCGUCUUUCGCCCAGUUCUGAAUUGAGUUCACAGCAGCCACGCAUACUAACACUGCACGACAUUUCAGGCAAGCCACUGCAGAGCGCGUUGCUCGCCACCACCUCAAGUUCUGGGGGCGUCGGCAAGGAUGCCUUGCAUAGCAAUAGCGAGCGUAGCCUAAAUAGCCCAGUAAUGUCACAGUUAUCUGGACAAAGCUCGAGCGCGAGUCGACAGAAGCCCGGCGUAUCGGCGCAAUCGCCCGCGCAAGCGCCCAUCGGGCUAACCGCAGAAGAAAUUGAGCGUCUAAAUGUGCGACCGCGCACAUCCAGUCUAGUAUCAACGCUGGAUGCGGUGUCGUCCAGCAGCGAAGCGCCGCGCGUACCCGGCGGCGCACAUCAUCUCGCGCUCGGCGGUGGCCUGCACAAUGCUGAUGUGGAUGCGCACAGCUCCAGCUCAACCGAUGAAAGUGGCAAUGAUAGUUUCACAUGUUCGGAAAUCGAAUACGAUAACAACAGCUUAAAUGGUGAUGCAAAAUAUCCGUCAAGUAAGGCGGUGCCUGAUGAUCGACCAGAUCGUAGCGCUGUAGCGCGUGCCAUGAGCGGCGAUGGAGUGGGUCCGAGCAUGGGUAAAGUGCCACCAAUGCCACCACACUCGUACGAUGGCUUCGAUUCGUCCUUUCGUGGCUCACUCAGCACUCUAGUCGCCAGCGAUGAUGAUCUAUCAACGCGUAUGGGCGGUAUUUAUAGGCAAAUAAAUGGUCCCGGUUCACCGUCGCAGCCAAGUUUGGGUUGGAAUUAUCUGCUUAACUGGGGACCGAACUUCGAGAGCCUCAUGGGUGUGAUUAAGGAUAUUACCGAACUACCAGAUGCAGUGGGCGAACAACAACAGCUACAGUCAACAUUAUGUAUGCAGGGAAAUACGCAAAAGAACUCCGAGGAGUAUGUGUAGUUGGUUGAAGGUGCUGAAGUUGCGUAGCUGCUCGGUGGAGAAGAGAAAGCGAGAGAGAGAGAGAAAGAGAAAGAGAGUGUGUGUAUGUGAGAUGGAGAGCGUAAGUGAGUUGGAAGAAUAAGUAAAGGUCAGAGAGGAAAAAAGAGCUAAAUACGUGAUUUAGUAUAUUCAUGUAACUGUAGUUUUUCGUUUAGUUUAGGAUAGUUUAUUUAGCAGCAAAGUAACUGGCAUUAACAUUUCUGCUAUAUAACUUGACUGUGUCUUUGGGAUUUAAAAAAGUUAUUGAAACAAUGAUAAAAAUAUUAGCGUUUGUACACAGACUUCCAAUACGCAAGCAGAAAUUGAAAAAAAAAAAUUAAUAUAAUUUUUUUUUUCUUUUUUUCUGGCAUCAAACCAGAUCUUUAACAUUAAAAGCUGUAUAAAUUGUUCACUCUGUACUCCUACUGCCAAAUAUUUGUGAAAAUUCUAUUGUAAACUUAAUAAUACAAUGCCUCAAUAUAUUUGUAGUUAGUUUAAGUAUUCCAUUCCGCAGAACUUUUAGUUUAGACUUGGCGUAGAUAGUCUAAGGAAUAUAACAAAUUUUGUGUUAAGACCAAUUGUGUUGUAACGCCUUGUAUCAAGGUCUCUGUCCUAACUCUGAUAGCAAUAACAGUUGUAUAAGAUUUGAAAAUAGUUAUAAAUUUCAUAUUUUAAAACAAAAAUGGUUAAAUAAUUCUAUUAUGUUAGUAAUUAGUUUAAAAUUU